GUGAUUGUAGUACUGACUAAGACACCAAAACCUUCGUUUCUAUUCUUCCCCAGCCAUGCACGCACCUUCCUCCUCUUGCCCUAGAAAUCUUCAAUGGGCCCAACGCGGUGGCCUCCAAAGCCCAAAAACAUUCCAGGUGGACCCACUGAAGCCCUUCGUCAGUUUCCGAGUCUCCGCCGUGGCAGCCCCGCCGCCGCCGCUGAAGUUCCAGAGAACGCAUUCGAUGCCGCCUGAGAAAGUUGAAAUCUUUAAGUCGCUUGAGGGCUGGGCCUCCAAUUGUGUUCUGCCAUUGCUGAAGCCCGUGGACCAAUGCUGGCAGCCCCAAGAUUUUCUACCCGACCCGGCAAAGCCCAAAGAAGAGUUCUUUGAUCAGGUCCGUGCAUUGCGUGAUCGGACGGUCGAGCUUCCAGAUGAGUACUUCGUCGUCCUUGUUGGAGAUAUGAUCACGGAAGACGCAUUGCCUACGUACCAGACCAUGAUAAACACCUUGGACGGCGUUAAGGACGAGACCGGAGCUAGCUCAAGCCCGUGGGCCCAGUGGACUCGGGCUUGGACUGCCGAGGAGAAUCGCCAUGGAGAUUUGCUUCGGACCUAUUUAUAUUUAACUGGUCGGGUCGACAUGGUGAUGAUCGAAAGAACCGUCCAAUACUUGAUCGGAGCUGGCAUGGACCCGGGAACGGAGAACAGCCCGUACUUGGGAUUUGUGUACACGUCAUUCCAAGAACGUGCCACGUUUGUCUCACAUGGCAGCACAGCCCGCAUGGCCAAGGAGAGCGGGGAUCCAGUGUUGGCGCGUAUAUGCGGGACCAUUGCAUCCGACGAGAAACGACACGAGAAUGCCUAUGCUAAGAUCGUGGAGAAGCUUCUAGAAGUGGACCCCAACAAUGCCAUGCUCGCAAUCGCUGAUAUGAUGAGGAAGAAGAUCACAAUGCCGGCCCACCUCAUGUACGAUGGACGCGACCCCAAAUUAUUCGAGCACUUCUCGGCUGUGGCUCAGCGGCUCGGUGUGUAUACAGCUGAUGACUACGCUGAUAUCUUGGAGUUCUUGAUCGGACGGUGGAGGUUGGAGAAGAUGGAAGGGUUGACGGCUGAGGCUCAGCGGGCUCAGGACUAUGUUUGUGGCUUGGCACCGAGGAUUAGGAAGCUGCAGGAGCGAGCCGAUGAGCGGGCGAGGAAGAUGGAGCCGCAAAGUGCCAAGUUUAGCUGGAUAUUUAAUAAAGAAGUCCUCUUGUAAAAAAAAAAAAAAAGAAGUUUUGUUUUUUUUUUGGUCAAAAAAAAAAGUUUAUAUAUACUAUUAGAUCUGAACUUUUUGGUUUUGUUUUUUCGACUAGUUUUGGUUUAUAGUAGUUUAUCUAAAAUUAGUGGUAAUAAUAGAGUUUUAUUUCUUUAUAUAAGUGCGUGUGUCUGUUUUUUCAAUUAUUUUAUUUUAAGGGUGGGAUCUGUUUAUUAAAUUCUGGGAUCACCACAUCAUCUAAUUAUGGGUAUAUAAACAGUAGUAUUCUCAGUAGUAAUUCUUUUGCAAUAUCAA